CAGCAUCAAACACUGGUGGGAAAAGAAAAAAGCUUGGAGUUGGCCUGGCUUAUCUCACAGGAAGCAGGCCAAGUGGGGAAAACAGAGUUCUUGAUUUGGGGGCCAGAAAGCAAUCUAUCAAGAGAAAUCCUGAAUUCACAAACAGAAACUCUGAAUGGACACACACACACACAUGUCCUCCUAAACACCUUAUUGUGGGAACACUGUACACCAAGCCAUGUUUACUUGACCUGGAAUGUAUAUUUUUGUAACUCUCUCUCUCUCUCUUUCUUUAUAUUAUUCCCAUGCUGUAUUUUAUUCUACUUCUAUCUUGAUGAAACUCUUAUAGACCAACCUGGCCACACCCAAGAGUCAAAGCUCUUGAACCAAACCUGGGAAAGUGUUCCCACAACCUUUGCUUAUUUUUUUCUUGACUUGAUUUGAAAAGUGGUGGCCAAGGUUCCUUAUUAGUCCAUGCAAGCCAGGAAAACAAGAUGGCAAAAUGCUGCCAGCUGGUUUUGUUAAUUUCCUUAUAUUAUUGUGCUCUGCUUGCCAAAGGACUCCCUGUAAAUGACAAGGACACUGACAAAAAUGUGUUGCCAUUGUGCACCAGACAUAAGCACUUGCUGAAUGGGAAACAGCAGAAGAGACAGGCAUCUGACAAGAUGCUUGGCAUGAGUCUGGAUUCCUGGCAAGCUGAAUUUGCUGCUCAGAUAGGAAUGCUCCAGAAGGAAGUGAUGAACCUCAAGGGCAACAUUGUCAAAGAGCAACAUUCAUCCACAGCACAGGCAAUCAAGAAAAGAAACUCAGCACAGGAAUCCUAUUUGAAAAAGGCCAUCAAGGAGCUCAAGGACAGUAUAGAAAUUGUGAAAAGAGCCAGGAAGCAGAAGAGGCAUUCUUUGUCAGUGGAUGCAGAAGAACAGCUGCUGAAAAAGAAACUCAAGGAUGUGGAGAAAACAUUGGGCUUUGAGAUCAAGGAUCAGAUGAAGAAUUUGCUUUCCCUGGCUGACCAACAUUCCCCAAAGAUUCUCACACCCCAGAAGAAAUUCCUCAAAUAGCCCAUGAUCCAUAAGUUCCCCAAAUACCUUGGAGAUAAUAAAACUUACUCCCAAAAGGACU